CUCUUUUAACACAUCAGCACUUUGCUUAUUGUUUGCUGCCCGGACAGGGUGUAUAAUUUGUGUGUCUCUCUUCGGUGUUCUUCGACAGAAAAGUCGUCCGAGGAGACCGUUGGAGAAAGGAGAAUUAAAAAUUUUUCUCGAUUUUCAAUAAUAAUUUGAUCCCGAGCAAUCCUAUUGUUUUCAUUGAAAAAAUGUUUCAUUUGAAUAAAAUAGCAAGAUCUAGAGCUGCUUUAAAGCAAGUUCCUGGAUCGGAUGUCAUUCAAAGUGCCUUAGCACGCGCAAUACCGGCGGCUGGAAGUAUUCAGUGUCGAGGUUAUGCCGAUCAUCAGAUUCCUGAACGUUUAAAGGAAGUUCCAAAUGCAGAAAAUCCAAAAUUCUUCGAUAUGGUGGAAUAUUUCUUUCAUCGGGGCUGUCAAAUUGUCGAGGACAAGCUCGUCGAGGAUGUUGGUAAAGCAUCGAGAAUUACGCUUGAGGAGAGAAAGAAAAAAGUCAAGGGUAUCCUGAUGAUGAUGGAGCCUUGUGAUCAUAUUUUGGAAACAACAUUUCCAUUGAGACGUGACUCUGGUGAUUAUGAAAUGAUUACUGGCUAUAGAGCUCAACAUUCAACUCAUCGAACACCUUGCAAGGGAGGUAUACGUUUUUCGAUGGACGUCUGUCGAGAUGAGGUCAAGGCCUUAUCCGCCUUGAUGACCUUCAAAUGCGCUUGUGUUGAUGUGCCAUUCGGUGGUGCUAAGGCCGGCAUCAAGAUCAAUCCAAAGAAUUAUUCUGAACACGAGUUGGAAAAAAUUACCAGAAGGUUUACCCUCGAAUUGGCCAAGAAGGGAUUCAUCGGACCGGGUGUUGAUGUUCCUGCGCCUGAUAUGGGAACUGGCGAACGUGAAAUGUCCUGGAUUGCAGACACUUAUGCCAAGACUAUUGGCCAUUUAGACAUUAAUGCUCAUGCCUGUGUCACUGGCAAACCCAUCAAUCAGGGAGGAAUUCACGGACGUAUUUCUGCAACCGGUCGCGGUGUUUUCCACGGUCUAGAAAACUUUAUUAAUGAAGCAGAUUACAUGGGAACAAUUGGGACGACACCUGGAUGGGGUGGUAAAACCUUCAUUUUGCAAGGUUUCGGUAACGUUGGUCUGCAUUCAAUGAGAUAUUUGCAUCGAGCUGGAGCCGUUUGCACUGGUAUUAUCGAACAUGAUGGAUCUAUCUACAAUCCAGAAGGCAUUGAUCCCAAACAUUUGGAGGAUUAUCGUAACGAGCAUGGAACAAUUGUCGGAUUCCCAGGUGCUAAACCUUAUGAAGGGGAAAAUCUCAUGUAUGAACCUUGUGAUAUUUUUAUUCCUGCCGCUGUUGAGAAAGUAAUUACAACGGAAAAUGCCGGACGAAUUCAGGCGAAAAUUAUUGCCGAGGCUGCAAAUGGACCGACGACACCUGCCGCUGAUAAGAUUUUAAUCGACAGAAAUAUUCUCGUCAUACCAGAUUUGUACAUAAAUGCCGGUGGUGUCACAGUUUCAUUCUUCGAAUGGCUUAAAAAUUUAAAUCAUGUCUCGUACGGACGUCUCACAUUUAAAUAUGAACGAGAAUCUAAUUAUCAUCUUCUCGAAUCUGUCCAAGAAUCUCUCGAACGUAGAUUUGGUCGUGUAGGAGGUCGCAUUCCCGUAACUCCGUCGGAGUCUUUCCAAAAGCGUAUUUCUGGUGCUUCCGAGAAAGACAUUGUUCAUUCCGGUUUGGAUUACACGAUGGAGCGAUCAGCAAGGGCUAUAAUGAAAACAUCAAGGAGAUUCGAUCUAGGUCUCGAUCUCAGGACAGCAGCGUAUAUAAAUUCAAUUGAAAAAAUUUUCACUACUUAUUCCGAAGCAGGUCUUGCUUUCUAGAUUAAUUAAAAUUAAAACUAUUUCAAAAAAAGAAAUAAGAAAAAAAAAGUGAAAACAAGUGAAUCUUUUUACACGUGAUGAUGUACGAUGAAACAAUAGGUUCAAAUCAAACUAAAUGACAACAGUAUUGUUGAAAGUCCAGACAUUUACAAGAAAAAAAAAAAGAAUUCUUUAGCAAAUUACAUGGACAAUUAUACAUAAUAUAUAUUUAUAGUGGCGAUAUUCGCUCUAUAUCACGCAAAAUAGUACAUAGCCUGACAAAUACUUAAUCUUUUAAAUAUCCAACGCAUCCCCAGAGCCAGUUUAUUUUUAUUUACAAAAAAUAUAUUUUUUUUUCGUUUGUUAAGCUUUAAAAUAAGAUUAAUUCAGCGCCGUUUUCCUUGAAUAAUUGUUGUGUGAUUUUGUGACGGAGAUGAGGCAGUGCAUUUUUAUAUUUCAAUUUUUAUUCUUGACACAUAAUUUUAAGAUUAUCUGUAAUUGUUGACCUAAUGUUUGUACAUUUUUUUAAUUGACUGGUGACAACGGUGCUGCCUAAUAAUUGUAACCAUCCAUAUUUCCAAAUAUUUAUGAAAGUAACUUAUUUCUACGAAUUUACAGAAACAGUGUAUUAUAUACGGUAAAUGAAAUUGUUAUACAACAAAAGUUUAUGUUAAUAAAUAUUGAUAACAUUACCACGUUA